AUCAAACCUAGUCAUGCAGUAGGCGACUCAUAGAGCAGUACUCCGCCUGGCGGGCUGCUUUGGAGAUAUGACGUCGAACGCAUAUAUAAGUAGCCAUGUUUCCACGGUUUGUUUGUGUCUCGUUCACCUAUCACUCUCAUCAUCCAUCUUCAAUCACAGUCGCUCCACUAUUGGACAAGAUGCUCACCUCUACCCUUCUCUCCGCAUUGGCCACUGCCGCCACUGCUUCUGCCGCAAAGACUUACCUUGCCUAUGCCUGGAACGAGACCGCACCUGAGAUCCACGGCAAGGCAGUACAAGCCCGCAACGGAUACUUCUACCUCGGUGGUCAAGCCUUCCCCGUCUGCGCCGAUGACGACUUCGACUGUGCCGCCCAGAACAAGACUCUGAUCACCGGUCCUCUUCCUAGCAAAUACAGCACCAACUACGAUGGCUUCUUCAUGGACAUCACCGACUCCGAAGUUCAAGAAAUUGUCACCUCUCCCAACACCGGUGGUCUGCUGUACACCAUGCCCAAGACCGAAUUGGCAAUCUUGGACUAUAAGACCAGGGAAACAAUCAACACGCCCUUCUCCAUUGAUCUGGACGAUUACUCCAAUCAAACCGUACUACGCUUCAACGGUAAUGAUUUCGUCAGCUGCCCUUCCCUCCAACUCGACUGGGGAAACCAGCCUUAUACCGUCAAAGCUGCCAGCUAUGGCGACAUCGUAUACACAGAAGAUGGCAAAGGUCUCGUCUGCACUCCCUUCAAGAUGCGUCUGGUGGAGACAGGUUUGCCGGCUCCCGUCUACUACAAGAACCCCUGCACCAGUGCUCAGGGUAGUGUUAGUGGACAAGAGGGCCAAAUCUUGUGUCCCGAUUCCAUGAUUGAUGAGUGUUGGGAUGGUUGCACGGAUGCUGAGAAGGCUGAUUGGACCGUCAAGGUUGUUUCUGGCGAACAGUGUCAGUGUAGAUUUAACCCUGAAAAGGCUACUGGGUAUGGUGCUUAGAGAACUCCUCUUGCUCGAACAAAGAAA